GGCUAUUCCCCCAGCAUUCACGCCUGUAGGAUACACAGCCAUCUUGGAUCUUGCGAGGAGAGGGUAAAUUAAUGCGGUGACAAACGGAAUGUUCAGUGCAACGAGAAAGAAGUUUGCGGAGGGGGUCGAAAGUGACUACCCUGAUGAGAGCAUGUACUAUGGCCAGACGUCAAUGUUCCCGCAUCGAUCGGAGAAAGAUAUGCUGCCAUCUCCCUCGCCGUCAUCGUCAGGUCAAUUGUCACAGCUUGGUGCGAGUUUGUAUGGUCCUCAAAGUGCACUAGGUUUCUCAAUAAGGGGCAUGAGCAACAACAACCCUCAAUUGAACCGGAAUUUAACACAAGGCACUCAGUUACCGAGCCAUAGCACCCCAACAACAGGCGUCCCAACAAUGUCCCUCCACACACCACCUUCGCCGAACAGGGGCAUCCUGCCUAUGAACUCCAGGAACAUGAUGAGUUCGCAGGUAGGGCAGGGCAUGGGCAUGAGCGGCAGGACCAACAGCAUGGGCAGUUCUGGCCUGGGUAGCCCUAACCGCAGCUCUCCUAGCAUUAUCUGCAUGCCCAAGCAGCAGCCAGCACGCCAGCCAUUCACCAUCAACAGUAUGUCAGGAUUUGGAAUGGGCCGGAGCCAAGGGUUUGGCAUGAACUCCUUAUCCAAUAACAUCUUCAACGGGACAGAUGGGAGUGAAAAUGUGACCGGAAUAGACCUCUCAGAAUUCCCAGCACUUGCAGACAGAAGUCGGAGGGAGGGAAAUGGCAACCCAACACCAUUGCAUAAUCCGCUGGCUGGAAGGGCACCCUAUGUUGGAAUGGUCACAAAGCCAUCGAACGAACAGUCGCAGGACUUUUCCAUUCACAACGAAGACUUCCCAGCCCUGCCCGGGCCCAACUACAAGGACCCGACGUUGAGCACGGAUGAAAGCAAAUCAAGCUUGAACUCUUCAGGAAAGGGCAGCUCAAGUGCAGAUGGACCCAAGUUUCCCGGUGACAAGACAUCAUCAGCACAGAACAACAACCAGCAAAAGAAGGGGAUCCAGGUGUUGCCUGAUGGCAAGGUAACAAACAUUCCCUUAGGAAUGGUGACAGAUCAGUUUGGAAUGAUUGGACUUCUGACAUUCAUCCGGGCAGCUGAGACGGACCCUGGGAUGGUUCACCUGGCUUUAGGAAGCGACCUAACAACGCUAGGACUCAACCUCAACUCUCCAGAGAAUCUGUAUCCUAAAUUUGCAUCUCCCUGGGCUUCAGCUCCAUGUCGACCACAAGACAUUGACUUCCAUGUUCCCUCAGAGUACUUAACCAACAUUCACAUAAGGGACAAGCUGGCUGCAAUAAAACUGGGACGAUAUGGUGAAGACCUGCUCUUUUACCUCUACUACAUGAACGGAGGAGACCUCUUACAACUCCUCUCUGCUGUUGAGCUCUUCAACCGGGACUGGCGGUACCAUAAAGAGGAAAGGGUUUGGAUCACAAGAGCACCUGGCAUGGAGCCCACGCUAAAGACCAACAGCUACGAGAGAGGAACAUACUACUUCUUUGAUUGUCAUAACUGGAGGAAGGUCGCUAAGGAGUUUCACCUGGAAUAUGACAAGCUAGAGGAGCGGCCUCACGUGCCAACCACCUUCAAUUACAAUCCGGCCCAGCAGGCCUUCUGAAGCUGAGUCCGUCAGCGCCCGUGAGCUCUAGGAGCGAUCGGCAAGAGACAGCCAGCCGACCUGCCUGACCACAAAAAACCUGGUUUUAUUCCUCAACUGUCUGGACUAGGACUGCGGGAGGGGGAGGGUGGCGGGGGUCUCCACCUUGAGAACUGGGGGGAGGGGCCCUGCCUUACAAAUUAUGUGCUGCCCAAACACAAAACUUCUAUAUAUUUUCAUUCUGUUUUUAAAUUCCCUUCUUACGUUUUUUUUUUCUUCUUCUUCUCCCUCCAUUUCAUUUCGAGCAGGGUCAAUGUUUUGUUUACUCCUCUGAUGGAAAAGCCCCUUUUGGUGUUUACCUGGAGUCUUUGAAGUUGCAGUACAGCACACAAACACAUCCAUUGGUAUUAAAGAAAAAACGCAGUUUGCGCUUUGUUUUCCGAAGUGCGCUGCGCUAACAAACAGGACAGACACAAAGACAAAUCCAAUACAUGUGAAUACACAAGGGCAAAAGAAAAUGCAAUGUUCAUUGUUGCACUAUUUAGUAAUAAAAGAACACAAAAAUUGUUUUCUGUUUUUUUUUAAUGUGGGAAACUCGCUCCGCUCCCGUAGUCGUUUGGAAGGACGUGCAGCCCUGUCAUUAAACAUCAAGGAGGUGCUUUUUUUCGUUUUCCCCGUUUUCUUUCGUUCCCCAUUUCUUUUGCUCCAUCCACCUGCGUUGCUCAUCCGGUGAGCUGUUUUCUGCUUAGCGUCAAUAAUUUCAGUGACCGUUGUUGGGCACAACCCGUGGACCAGGCGGUUGUGAGCUUACCGAGAAACAUUGUUCCAGAAUGAAUAUGAACCCUUUUCAGUCUUUGUUACGAUUUUGUAAUAAACGUGUACAUUUUUUUUUAAUUUUUUGACAUCA